UUUUUCUUCUUUUUUUUUUGCUUUUCACUUAUGGAGCUAUGUAUAGAAAACCCAUCUAUUAAAUCUUGGUUAAGAAAAGCGAUAAUUUCACAUCACAAAAAGAAACCGUCGCAGAAUGUCUUUGGGGUGACACUCCUUCAAAGCCUACAAAUAGCAAAUACACCUAUUGCUUAUGAAAACAAAGAGACAGUCAUAGGCAUUAUACCUAUUAUUGUAGCCAAAUGUGGCUCUUAUUUAAAAGACCAAGGUCUUUAUAUAGAAGGUAUUUUUCGUAAAAGUGGCAGUGCCAAAAGAGUAGGUGAAUUGCAACGCAUAUUUAACUCAUCAUCUGAUUACGGAAUCGGACUCAACUGGAUUGGGUUCAAUGUCCAUGAUGCUGCCAAUUGUCUAAGGCGUUUUUUAAAUUACUUGCCAGAACCUGUUAUUCCUUUUGGACUCUAUCAAUCGUUUCGAGAUGUUGCCACAGGAGAAACUGAACUCUAUGUCAUGAUAGAUGCCUAUCAGCAAUUAAUAGAUCAACUUCCUCAUGUAAACCAGUAUUUAUUGUUCUAUCUUUUAGAUCUCCUCUCUCUUUUCAGUCGAUAUGAUCAAUACACCAAAAUGGACUCGAGUUCUCUGGCUUCUGUAUUUACACCGGGCAUCUUGCUCAACCCAGAAGACGCCAUGAACCCUGAACAUUACAAACUAUCGCAAAGAGUGGUUCAGUUCUUAAUAGACCACCAAGAUAAGUUUCAUUUACCGUGUUAUCCCUCUUGUUAUCCACUCUAUUCGCCUUUGCAUAAAAACAAACUACUUAGAGCCAAUACAGCACCUGUACAGAAACCUCAUUUUGCUCAUUACGAACCACUAAAAGUGAAACCAUAGAUAUUGUAUAUACGUUAGUUUAUCAAUUCACUUGAAACCCGCGCUACUUGGGAUGAACAAACAAAAACAAAAAAAAUUCCAAUUUGUGUAUUAAAAGGCAUC